UUGCGCUGUUCAGGUGACUCGACAUCUCAAGCUGGAGUUACGACUACGUCUUCAGUCCCCCAAGUCAAUUCUUUGAGUGCUGCAAUUGAAACGAUCAGGGCUGCUAAUUUUUUCCCUUCAACACCAUCAGUCAGCCAAUCUCCCAGCACUCCAGCUGAAAGCUCUUCAUUCGUCUCUCUGUGUACUACUGGAAGUACUGUACCUGUGUGGACCACUCCUCUCACGGCUAGACAUCUCGUAGCCGCCAGAAAUGCAUUGAUUACUCCUCAAUUUGAUGUGCAUCCUCCCAUUUUCAAUCGAGUGUGGUCAGCCGCAGCGGCUUUAUCGAGGAGUAUUCUCCAGCCUCCACCGUACCCAUUUACUGCUGUCAUUCCUCCUAUGAAUAUAACAGCUUCGAGCCAAGCGCUGCCGUUAGCAGUUGAGCCUAAGGAGGCUGAAAAUACGCCCUCUGUCAACAUCGGCGGAGCAGUUACUGUCGAAGACCUCUGCGGUCAAGAAAAAAGUGCAAAAACUGGAGUUUCUGUUGAAGAUCCAACCUCAUCACAGCUCAUGGCAAAAAGUAGUAAAGUGGUGGGCAACGAAGUGCAAUCAGUAGAUGGGAAGCCGCUCACGAUGAGCAGUACAAUGCACGCAGAACCGGAGGAGACUGAGAAAGUUUCUGAAAUCUUUCGAUUACUGAAGAAGUCUCCACGUUGA